AUGGAAAGCUUGAAGAAGCGGAAGAAGGGCGAGGCGGGGGAAUUCCCGAAGUCUAAAAAGGAAAAGAAACGCCUAAAGAGGUCGAUCCAAGGGUUGUCAGAGAAGAUGGAAGCGUCCGGGCUCGAGCUCCACCCGAGCAUCGUCGACUACGGCAAGCUUAGCACCGUCGAGGACCGGAUCGACUGCGACAGCGAAGAUCCACAAAACAAAGAGAGCGAAACAGGCGGAAAACCGUGGCGGGGAUGA